ACUUCUGUCAAAGAUUAGGGUUAUGUUAGGUCAUGUCAGAUAAUUAAAAUAUAAUAACAAUGACUAUGUCUAGGUCAGGUUUUUCGUUAUAAAUAAAUGAUUCAUUUUUGAAAAUGGUAUGAGCUAUUAUUACAAGCUCUCAUUCACGAAAAGUUUUUUGAUAGAAAGUUGUUUUUGUAAAUAAGAUACCAGUACAAUGUCUGAAUGGGAAAAAUUAGAAGAUGUUGAAAGGGAUCUCUAUGAAUAUUCACAUUUGGAAUACCCUGGCAGUUCGUUAACAGUUGCACCUCCUAUAUCAAUUUCUCAGUAUAGAGCUAGAACUGCAACAUCUCGAUCUCCAGGAUUAUUCGGUGAACAACCAGAAGCUAAGGAAAUCUUUAUAAGUGGGAGAGGUAAACAUCAUCCUGGUACUAUUAUCCGACCAGGUCAACCAGUUAUAUCAACUCCAGAGGAAGAUAUGGACAUAAGGAAAAAAAUCAGAGAGGUUUCAGGAUUAGGUUAUAGUAAUGAAAUCACAGAAAGGGUUUAUGGCCAAAAAGAAUCUUUUAGCUCUGAUGAAGAAGAUGGUGAUGUAGGAAUUCCUCUACCAGAUCUGAAACUGCAAUCUGCUGUACCUAAAGAGCAAAGGAAAAAAACUGAUUUAUCACCAAAACAUCCAAAGAAGAAAAAGGGUGUAUCCUGGAAUACUCUACUUGAAAAUGAAGAACAAUGUAAGGUGGAGAAAUGUGUGGAACCUUUGAAGAAUCAAAAGACAGAGAAUGGUGUUAACCCAAUGAAGGGAUGAAUUUACAAUUCCAAAGAAAAAUAUUUUUAUAUGUGGCCAUGUUCUGAAUAUGUUCCCUGUAGGUUAAGAAGUUAAAUUUUGUGUUGGUUAAUUGAAUUAUUAAAUAUAUACCUAUUUUUUGUCAUAUAGAAAAACUCUCUUGUUA